AUGGCAUUUCAGCAGUACUUUAUGCAGGGAUGGGAAUCUCUUCCUCAGCCAUCCACAGAAUCCGAGAAGACUUCUGCUUGCUUCGAUUGCAGCAUAUGUUUAGACUUUGCCCGCGAUCCAGUGGUAACCCUCUGCGGCCAUCUUUACUGUUGGCCCUGCAUAUACAAGUGGUUCGACUCCCAAAGUUCGUCCCUUGGUUCAGACGAGCGUCCUCAGUGCCCCGUUUGCAAGGCCGAGAUAUCUGAGAAGACAAUGGUCCCUCUAUACGGCCGUGGGAAAUCCCUCUCUGAAGCAGGACCCGAAGGCAAAGUCAUUCCUCCUAGGCCACCGGCCUGUGGUAUCAGGGGCCUCGCUGACUUGUUUAGUCCGGACCAGCAGCUUCCCUCUCCCUCUCGCGAGAACCGCCAUGAUUUCCCAAAUGCUCAUGCGAGCUAUGGUGAAGAUUCGUCGCCUCAGUUGUUCAAUCUUGGUGGUACAGCAGCAGUGUCUCUUUCUCAUCCCACCAUAGGAAUGUUUGGAGAGAUGGUUUAUGCUAGAGUCUUUGGCAACUCACAAAGCUUAUACACUUACCCCAAUUCAUACCACACCGUAGUAAGUAGGUCACCCAGGUUAAGAAGGCAGGAGUUGCAGGCUGAUAAAUCUCUCAACAGAGUCACAAUUUUCUUAUUCUGUUUUUUCCUUUUGUGCCUCCUUGUAUUCUGAUUUUCUUUCAGAAGGAUGUUCUCUCCCUAGUUUGUAUACAUUGUACAAAAUAUUGUGCCUGUGGGCAAAUGAGAUUAUACAGUAUUUGUAGAAAUUACAUGAAAAUUUUGCUAUUA